CUAUUUUGACAUCUGCCAUCAAGAGCUGGCAACUGGCAACGUCGUAGGAAUUUGGCAACAGUAUCACGUGGUAUUUCUCUUGCCAAGUUGACGACAUGGCCGUCGGUAAAAAUAAGGGUCUCGCUAAAGGAGGUAAAAAGGGUGUUAAGAAGAAGAUUGUGGAUCCAUUUACACGAAAAGAUUGGUACGAUGUCAAAGCACCUGUUAUGUUCAGUGUUCGCAACAUUGGCAAAACUCUAGUAAACAGAACUCAAGGAACAAAAAUAGCAUCUGAAGGUUUGAAAGGACGGGUGUUUGAAAUCUCCUUGGCUGAUCUUCAAAAUGAUGAAAUUGCAUUUCGUAAAUUUCGUUUAAUUGCCGAAGAAGUUCAGGGUCGCAAUGUUCUAACAAACUUUCAUGGAAUGGAUUUAACAACAGACAAGUUGCGUUCGAUGGUGAAAAAAUGGCAGACUUUGAUAGAAGCUAAUGUUGAUGUUAGGACUACGGACGGUUAUCUUUUAAGAAUGUUCUGCAUAGGAUUUACAAAGAAAUGGGCCAAUCAAGUGAAGAAAACUUGCUAUGCUCAACAUACACAGGUACGUGCUAUUAGAAAGAAAAUGGUCGAAAGUAUGAACAGAGAAGUAUCUUCCAGUGAUUUAAAAGAAGUUGUUGGUAAACUUAUACCUGAUAGUAUUGGUAAAGACAUAGAGAAGGCCUGCCAGGGUAUUUAUCCAUUACAUGAUGUGAUGAUUCGUAAAGUCAAAGUACUGAAAAAGCCGAAAUUUGAAUUGGGAAAAUUGCUGGAAUUGCACGGAGAAGGAACCGGAAAGGGUGGCACCACAGCAGCUCCCGCCAAAGGCGAAGAAGGAAUGAAAAUAGACAGACCGGAGGGAUAUGAACCACCUGUCCAGGAAACUGUUUAAAAUUUUGUCACUGAUGAAUACAUAAAAUAAACUCCUGGAUUCGA